AUUCACACAUUUUCCCCUUUUUCAAAAUUUUCUUUGUUGGAUUUUCCUUACACAAAUCUCUUUAUUUUAUUGCUUUCAAAAACCUUAUAAAGACUCUUUCACAAACCCCAUUUCUUCUCCCUCUUCUUCCCAAACCUCUUCUUUUACAUGCACACACUCUUUCUUGGCUUCUCUGAGCCUUCAGCAGUGUUGGGUUUAAGCCAACUUUUGCAGUUUUUGGAUUAAAUUUUUUUUAUUCUUCAUUGAGCUUUUCAGCUUUUAGACGCAAGACCUGACAAGUUUUGGCGAUAAAGUUUCAGUUUUAGCCUUAAAAAAAGUUUGCUGUUUUUGAUGUUCUGUUGAAGAAAGAUAGAACUGAACUGACUUUUGGACUUUGGGGUGUUAAUGAUUUUUGUUGAAAAUAAUGAAAGUUGAAGCAUAAAGCCUUCAACUUUGGCUUUUCCCUUAUAAAGUUUUUGUUGAAUUUGGGUGUUUUCUUGCGUUGGGUCUUGAAGAUUUUUGACGUGUAGUGUAAGGCUUGAGAUUUUGCUUUGAGCUGUUUUGGCAAUGCAGACUUUAUGUUCUUGUGAAGAAGGGAUAGAGAUCGGAAAGAUUAUGGAAAACAAAAGGGGCCCUUGCUCUGUUGACCAUAGCAGUUUCACUUCUUUGGCAUCCAAACGGCAAAAGGCUGAUCUAUCGAUCUCCACAAAGGAUAGGAAAGAGAAGCUUGGUGAACGCAUUGUCGCUCUGCAGCAGCUUGUUUCACCAUAUGGAAAGACCGAUACUGCUUCUGUCCUCCUAGAGGCAAUGGAGUACAUACGAUUUCUUCAUGAACAAGUCAAGGUGUUAAGUGCUCCAUAUCUCCAAACAGCACCAACAAACAAUAUGCAGGAUGUAGAGCAUUAUAGCCUGAGAAGCCGAGGUUUAUGCCUUGUUCCAAUCUCUUGUACUGCUGGAGUUGCUCGCAGCAAUGGUGCGGAUAUUUGGGCACCCAUCAAGACCACAUCUCCUAAGUUUGAAAAGGCUAUCUCACAAUUCAAUUGACAUUUUAUUUCACAGCAACUGGAAGGCUUUUAAAUCCACUAGAAUUGGUUUAGAAGGUAACCAACUUAUUGUUGAAUGCACAAAAUUUUCCCAGGCAAAUGCAACUUUGUAACAGAAAUUUAUAGCGUGAUGCACUAAGGUAGGAUGUUGGUAGGCAAAAUUACUAGUCUUUGAUUGGGAGAAUUGUGUAUCUAAAUGCAGCCUUGCACCUUUGUAGUUUUAAGCUGGUGCUGGGAACAAGCUGCAUUCAAGCUAUUCAAUUACAAAAUCUUCUUGCUCUCUCCUGAUCAAGUCAUGUAAAAUGUAUAUUGAUGAACCUGAGUUGAAUAACUGCUUUAAAUUGUAACUAUGAAUAUAGGAAGGAAUUCCAUGGUUAAUAUAGCCCUCUCUUUUUAAGGGAUCA